AUGUUUAAUAUGCUUAAUUUAAGUGCUCUUAUCUUCGCGGCAGUCCUUCCUUCUACGCUGGGAAGCACCCUUAACGUGCUCAACAACUGCGGAUUCGAGAUUUACUGCGGUGCAGCUAAAAAUGAUGGGAGUUCGUCUCCGGCCGUUCGAGUUAAUGGCGGCGGCAGCACGUGGCAGUCCCCUCUCGCAGCGGACGACGACAAUAUUGGAAGUGUGCUGAAGUGUGCCAACAACCUCGGUCUCAUCCAGCCAUUCCAGAUGGAGUUAGCUCUCCAGAAUGGACAUUCUUGGUUUGACCUUUCGGCUCUGGACGGUGACCCAUUCAUCGGUGUCUCGCGCCAUGCUGAAAUUGCCGGUCAAUGUGUUCUUGACUGCCCACCAGGAUCCGUCGGAUGCGAGUGGCCAGUUCAGCCGGACUGUCAAACAUCAGAGGAUGCGUGGUUGACUCUUUGUUAG